AUGGCGGUCACUGGGAAUCGAGUGCUGUCAUGGAGACUUGGUUGCUUUGCACUUCUUGGCCUCCUCGUGUUGACGUUCCUUAUCAAUGCGCUCCCUCAAAAGACGACAACUGCGAUCGAUGGCCUUACUGACGCACAAUGCACCGCUGAAUUUCCUGAUCUGUACCUUGACGUGGACCGCGCCGUGAAUUAUUGGAACGAUCCGGCUAGAGCAGGACACAUUACAGCAUCCGACGUCGAUAUCUCCGAAUCGCGGGCGGCCGUAAGAGUCCUGAUCCACGAGAACAAAAUACGGAUACUUCAUAGUAUCUCAGCCGUAUCUACCAAGUGGACUACUCCGGAAAGAACGCUUGCGGUCCUCCAUAUGAUUCAGCGGGUCUUAGAUGCGGCGACAGUCGUAGGGGAUCAACUACCGACUAUCGAGAUCGCUUUGAAUUUCCAGGACGACGCUGAUCCAGUCACCGGCACGCAUUCGUUCUGGUCUUUUGCUCGAGCCCUUGGCAAAGAAACUCAUCAGCAGCUGUGGCUGAUGCCAAACUUCGACUUCUGGUACUACGAUCCGCACGGAUCAUUCGCCGAUGCAAAGUGGCUUGCAAUGCAGCAUGACGGAGCUUUUGCUAGCAAGAUCCCCAAGAUUGUGUGGCGAGGCAACGCGAACUUUGGCGCUGAAAUACGAGCGCAACUGGUCCAAGCCGCCAAGGGACAGCCAUGGGCAGAUGUCGAGGCUACAGAUACGGUUCAGAAGGAUCAGAACUCAUGGAUGGACCCCAACACCUUCUGCGACUACGCUAUGACGGUCUAUACCGAGGGUGCAGCAUACUCUGGGCGAUUGAAGUUCUUACUGAAUUGCCAGUCAUUGCUCUUUGUCCACCAGCCAGAGUAUGUAACCCAUUACUCGCACUUACUAAAAAGCGACGGCCCCGAACAAAAUUGUGUUCUUGUGAAGCGCGAUUGGUCCGACCUAGAAGAGAAGGUUAAAUGGUAUCUGGAUCACCCAGACGAAGCAGAAAGAAUUAUCGCAAACUCCCUAGCUACUUUCCGGAGUCGUUACACUACCCAGGCCGCGAUCUCGUGCUAUAUCCGACGCCUGAUCCAAGGUUACUCCAAAGUAGCUUUUACGCCUGAAAGUCAUGUCCCGUUGAAGGAGGGAAUGGGUACCCGGCUGCGUGGUUGGUCCUAUGAGAAGUACAUUGCCUCAUAUGAAGACGGUGACUUCGAGGAAGAGGAGUGA